CGGCGAGAAUAAUGGUGCAUCCGUUUAUUUUACACUUUCAUUAAUCCUACCGAACAUGUGACACGUUAACUACAGUUGAACAAACCCUGUUUCUAAAAUGAGGAAAAGUCACUAUUAUUGGAGUUUAAUAUUUUUUAUCGAGAUAACUGGCACUUUCGUUGAUAUAAACGAAAUCAAGAAUAAUAUUUUAAAAUGGAAACAAGAGAACGCACUAAAUUUUAGUGAGAUUGGGGCAUCUUCUAGUGGUAUCUUCGACUUUACUGAUGUUAAGAAUAAAAUUUUACAAUGGAAAAAUCAAAAAUUGGCUGCUUUUUGUCCGACGAAUGGGGCGCAACUUCAAAAUUUGCUGAAUUUAGUUUGUAGUACAGCUCAACCUACCAAUAUUACACUAAGAGAUGGAUGUAUAACAUGUUUUUCCAGAGUUACUUCCAUGCCAGAGGGUCCUCAAGAAUUAACUGCGUUAAGCGCUUGUGCCUCGCAGUAUUUCGUGAAUACAACUUACGCUGCCUGCGCGACUGCCCUCGCUACAUUGGCAUCUUCAGCUUUGAACGUACAGCCUUCUGGUUGCUUCAUGGGUUAUUGCGACUUUGUACGCUGCCUAAGGAGAACCAACUCAAUUAAUUUGAUAACUCAAUGUACUCGAGAAGCAAGAACAGGUGUUAAUAUAACACUUGAUGCUGACAACGUGCGAUUUUAUACUAACGUGACAUCCUGUAUCUUAGCUAAAUCACGCUGCAGUACCUAUAACCCAAUCACUGGUGAACCCCAGACCCCAGGAUAUACGUCGUCCGGAGCUAGAAUCAGUAAUGCGUUGCAGUUUUCAGCAGCGGGUGAAUUAAGGAUACUUGCUUUCGCAGCUUCCACACCAGUAACAUCUUCUUUCUGUUCUACAUCAUCGAAUCUCACACAAACUAGUUGGCUCACUAAUGUUUGCUAGCUUGCAUUAGUAGUAAAAAUAAAUAAAAACCACAUAUAGAUAGGCAUGUAAAUGUUUAUUUAGAUUUUUGUUUUUACUUAAAUUAAUGUUUUAUUGAUAAAAACAAAGAAAGAAAUAAACAAACAUAAUAAAACUUAAAAAUGUAUAGAUAAAAAAAUUACCCAGAUCGCCGUCAUUUGAAUUUUUAAGACGAAACAGGAGGUGAGUUUUAAAUAUUUUAGGUAAAUAUACCCGUCUCGCUAACGGAAGCGGCUCCUAAAACUAGUGCGAUAAGGACAAGGUGAAAAAACCCGCGUAAAAAUCACAAAAAUCGAGGUUUCGUACUCGACUGUUUCCUCAUCCAAAACUUAACCAAUCUUAACGAAACUUGGAAAUCUAAAUGAUUAUGAAAUUAUCUGUGUCGAACCGU